AUGCACGAGGUCUGGCAGACGCUACUCGAGGAAACUGAUCGUGUUGGCAAGACUCGCUUGUCCGCAGCCGAUGUUUAUUCGCAACAAAUCUCUGAAUCAUGCAAGCUAGUCAGAGGGGUCAAAGUUCAAGUGGCUAAAAAGGUGUUUGAGAAUCUGAUCGAGAUCCAGAAAGAUCUGACGAUGAGCAUCCAAGAGCUGACGAAACUUCAGAAGACCUACAAAGACGAGGAGCACAUUGCACAUGAUGCUAGGGUGAAGGCCGCCGAUGCAGAUGACAAAGUAAAGAAGAAGUCAGUCGGCAUCUUCACCUCCCUCUCCAAACUCCAGCAACAAAGCAGCAAGUUGAACACGAGGAGAGAGGCUUGUGAAGCGAAAUCGACAGCUGCUCGCAACGAGUAUCUAUUGUGUCUGGCGGCCGUCAACGCCCAACUCAACCAAUAUUACAGCAAGGACGCACCCGAACUCAUCAAGUCAAUGGAUGGAGAGAUAUACGAGAAGAUGCAGGAAUAUUUCACAUUGUUCUGCCAGGCUGAACUGCAGUCAUGCGGAAUUACGCAGGAGUGCUUCAUGAGGAUUCUCGCUGAUUCCACCAAAGUUAAUAGAGACUUCCAGCUGAGAGGAUUCCUGGCUGACAACACCAUCUUCGUUGACCUCAUUCAAUACCAAUUUCAACCGCAAGACAAUGACAAUAUAUCGAAGGUUUCCACAGAGUUUCAGAACUCAACUCCGAUGGAAGCAGAGACGAAGAAGUGUGCCGCCAGGUACGUCCAGGAAGACAGAGCGAUCAAACAAGCAUCCAAGAAACUUCAGCGGCUUAUCGAUCAGUCAACCAGUGCCAGCAAAAAGAGCACCGACCAGACAGCUGAGGCCAACGUCGGUGGGGGUGGAACUGUCGACCCGCAAGUUAAAAUCGAGGAAAUGAAACAAAUUAUUCGGAAGUCUACUAUUGAGAGGACGAAGAUGGAGGCAAGGAUGGAUGCUUUGAAAAAAGCAGGCAUCAACACAGAUGCGUUCAUCUUG